CUAAUCCAGAGUGCAUGCCCCAAAAUCACACGUGAUCCCGCUGUAGUUCAAGGUGUCACAUCGAAAGCAGGAGACUAUGGAGCUGAAGACGAGGUAUGUUCUGCUGCUGGCCGUGGGCCUGUGCGCCACACUGCUACUGACCACGGUGACCGCCCACCAGGAGGACGACGACGACGACGAGCCUAUCAUGGAGAUGGGGGGCGACAUGGACGUGGAAGACGAGAUGGAGGAGCUUGGCCUCGGGGAGGAGCUUCUGGACGGGGAGGUUGAGGCAGUCACGCCCCCAGGACCACCUCCAGCCCCUAAAGUGACCUACAAAGCGCCCGAGCCCAUGGGGGAACACUUCUUCGCCGAGUCCUUUGACAGGGGGACCCUUGACAGCUGGGUCCUUUCAAAGGCCAAGAAGGAGGACAUUGACGAGGAUAUCGCCAAGUAUGACGGUAAAUGGGAGGUGGAGGACAUGAAGGACGGCAAGCUGCCCGGAGACAAGGGCCUGGUCCUCAAGUCCCGUGCCAAGCACCACGCCAUCUCAGCCCAGCUCCUCAGGCCCUUCAUCUUCGACACCAAGCCCCUCAUCGUCCAGUAUGAGGUCAACUUCCAGCAGGGGAUCGACUGCGGCGGUGCCUACAUCAAAUUGCUCUCCCAGACCCCCGACCUUAACCUGGAUGAGUUUGUUGACAAGACUCCCUACACCAUCAUGUUCGGACCAGACAAGUGUGGCGAGGACUACAAGCUGCACUUCAUCUUCCGCCACAAGAACCCCAAGACUGGCGAAUAUGAGGAGAAGCACGCCAAGAAACCCGACGCAGACCUGCGCACCUACUACACCGACAAGAAGACCCACCUUUACACACUGGUGUUGAACCCAGACAACAGCUUUGAGGUGCUGGUGGACCAGACGGUGGUGAACAGUGGUAACCUGCUGACGGACAUGACCCCGCCCAUCAACCCUGCCGCCGAGAUCGAGGACCCCGACGACCACAAGCCAGAGGACUGGGACGAGAGGCCCAAGAUCCAGGACUCUGACGCAGUCAAACCCGAGGACUGGGAUGAGGAUGCGCCGAAACAGAUCCCGGAUGAGGAUGCAGUGAAGCCAGACGGCUGGCUGGACGAUGAGUCCGAGUACACCAGCGACCCCGACGCAGUCAAGCCCGAGGACUGGGAUGAGGAUAUGGAUGGUGAGUGGGAGGCCCCUCAGGUCCCUAACGCCCUCUGUGAGACCGCCCCUGGCUGUGGCGCCUGGCAACGGCCCAUGAUUGACAACCCCAGCUACAAGGGCAAGUGGAAGGCCCCCAUGAUCGACAAUCCCAACUACCAGGGUGUGUGGAAGCCCAGGAAGGUCGCCAACCCGGCCUUCUUCGAGGACCUCCAUCCCUUCAGAAUGACCCCCUUCAUCGCCGUGGGCCUGGAGCUGUGGUCCAUGUCCAGCGACAUCUUCUUUGAUAACUUCUUCAUCACCAACGAGAGGCACACGGCCGAUCUCUGGGCCAACGAUGGUUGGGGCCUGAAGAAGGCUGCUGAGGGAGCUGCUGAGCCCGGGCUUGUGAACCAGAUUAUGACUGCAGCUGACGAGCGUCCCUGGUUGUGGGUGGUCUACGUGCUGAUCGUAGCCGUGCCCCUCGUCCUGAUCAUCGUCUUCUGCUGCACCGGAAAGAAGAAGGCUCCAGCCGCAGCCGACUACAAGAAGACGGACGAGCCCCAGCCAGACGUGAAGGAGGAGGAAGUGGAGGAGAAGGCUGAGGAAGACCAAGUCAAGGAGGAGAAGAGCCAGCCAGCAGCAGCAGAGAAGAAGAGUGAUGCAGAAGACAGCCCUGCAGAGAAAGAGGAAGUAAAUGAGGAGGAGGAAGAAGAAGAGGAGGAGGAGGAGGAGGAGGAGGAGGAGGAGGAGGAGGAGGAAGAGGAAGAAGUAGUCACUGAAGAGGUACGGGGACAGUAAGGCAUGACUUGAAACAAGAAGAUGACCUCCUCAGAAGGUCCCCCAGAAACAGGAAAUUGAGAAAGGACUGAUGUGGCUUUCACAACCCUGGAUCUCUGAUUAAAACCAACAGCCCUGACCCAGGGUCACUCCCUAACCCCACCCACCCUUCCAGUCUCUUCCCAUCUUUACACCCUGGGCCCUCCCGAUCCUCCACCUCCUGGGGCGAUGAAGCCAACCCAACUAGACCACCAUCUUUCUUGUCAGGAUCAACAGAAAACAAUCAUGACUGCCUCCCAAUAUGGACGACGAUGAUUCCAGUAUGGUGGUGAUGAAGACUGAUGAGUUUUUUUUAACAGUGAAGAAAAAAGAAAGAAUAAAAACCGAUUUUCCCAUACCAUUCUGUAACAGUGCAGCAGACACUAACCUAGGGACCCCACCUCACUCAAACCUACACCUCCAACACCCUUUGCUCCCGCUAGUCAGCACCCCAUCCAUCCAUCCCGCAGAUCUAGACAGUAUUUAUCAACCGACGGUUCUGGGCAACACUACAGCUCGUAGGUUUUAGCCAUUCUCCCUCUCGAUGUCUUCUUGCUUGGUCCAGUUUAACAGUCCCAUGCGUUUUGUAUGUGUCAGAGGGGUAGAUGGACGUAGCAUUAACAUUUCUGUUGAGGGUCGACAAAGAAAAAAAACAUGGCAUUUGGAUGUCUUAUUGUCUGGUUAUAACACCGCAGUUGUGUUUUUGGGGGGUUUCAAGAGACUCAUUUUCCCAUGAUGCACAGGUCUCAACGUUUCAUUCCAUGUGGCUUCCACCAUGUUUUUUAAAGUGUUUUGGUUGUAGGAAGACCCCUCUCGAGUUGUUCCUACUACGAUGAAGAUGGGAGUGGGGGGGGGAUCCAUUGCACAUGCUCAAUUCCCCACAGAACCAUGGGGCGGGCAAAGUUUGAAGCAGAGGAAGAGAGAGUGCCUGGUAAGUGGGUUUCAGUAGGUUAGAAUACGCUGCCUUACACAGUCUUAGAGAGCAAGGUUUGCCGAAUUUAUUUUUUCUGUGAAUGUACUGUGACCUUUUUUAAUACUAUAUACAUGGCUUUUUAUUUUAUUUUUGAUUCAAUUAAAGUUUUUGUUUUUUUCUCUGGUCUUGAUAGAUAAUGUAGGGAUGUAGUGUACGUGUACAGUAACAUGUGUGAGGGAGAAGAGAAAAGAAAAGCUGGGACUCCUAUAGAUGAAUUUUGGUUGCCGGCUGGUUUCUAGGGGAGUCAAGGUUGUCAGACUGGUGACCGGCUCGUGCAGCCUCCUCCCUCAUUGGUGGGAUGAAUCAGUCUCCCGCCUAGCUAUUGGUAGAUGAAUAAGCACAUCCUAUGACUGCAUUUCCUGAGUCAAAAGCAGCAGCAGCAGAAUUUAACACAUAUCUUUCAGAAUUGUACUCUUUAUGUUUCUCAUGACAGUCUGACUCUUUUACAAGAGUCGUAAAGAGUACUCUCAGGGUGUCAAACAAGCUUCCCGCCUUACUACUUUCUCACUGCAUGAUUCAUUGAUAUCUUAAACUUACCCCAUACAACAUGAAAAAGGCGCUAAGAAGAAAACAUUGAGACUGCUCAGUAGCCGGUACCUAUCUGUGGAUUACAGUCUUUUUAAGUCCCAUAUUUCUUACUUACGUUCAGGUGAACCUGUCCACUCUGUUUUUAGAACUUCCUAAAAAACAUUGAAAGUCAAAAACCAUUAGAGGUUUGCCCCAUGUAAAAAGAGUUUGCACUGUUCAAGGUAAGACUCAAACGUAAACAUUUACACACACACACACACACUCAUAUACCAGGUAAUUAGCUGUUGCUGUCUAUGUUUGCAUGGAUCCCAGUAAAGUUUUGUGCUCUCAGAUUCCUUAGUGGUGUCAGUCAGUCGUGUUUGGAAUGCCAUUCUUCUCUUUUCCGGCGUUUGUGUGUCAUGGUGUCUCUGAGCGACCAAGGUGAAUGCGGAUUGGUUCUCCCGACAAACUAAGCUGCAUGUGAUUGGGUGAUGAGUGCAGUAGGUUGAUUGGUCAUUAAUCUAUGUAUCUACUACAGUACAUGUUGGAGGGUGGGGGGGAGAUGUAAAACUUGCUAUGAUGUUACUUACAAAACAGAAAUAAAAAUAUAUCUGACUAAGAGAUUGGAGCUGGGCAAUGUUUUUCCUGUAUUGGUCUCAUGGUUUUGUGUGGCGGGGGGAUUGUCAUCCCCCUGAAAUUGAGAUGGCAUGUACAGCUUCCGCCUCCAGAGGAAAUUGAGGUCUUUCUCUAGAAUUUCUAAUUAUCUUUAUUCUUAUUGUGGAAAUGACCUAUGACCUGUGACAUAGGUAGGGUAUGUGAGGUAGUUAGUUCCCACUGCACUGUAACCUAACCAGCCAUUUCUUUCUCUUUGUUUUGUACUUUUGUUUGAAGAAAAUGACCCUUUUUGAAAAUGUUAAGGACAUGCAUUUGUCCUUUACUCUUUCUGGCUUCAAAAAAUAUUUUUUAAAUUUAGUCAAGGUUUUAAUUGUGCUUUUCCCCUUUGGUUCUGCCUAGAUAAGACUCCUAGACUGAACAGUGCACUGUGUACCUUACGUACCUCUGACAUAAGCUUUCCUGUGUGUGAACUUAGUCUCUGAUGGGUCACCGAAAUGACUAGGUUUAACCUAAAUUAAUUCUGUCCACUAGAGAUUGAAGAACCUAUAAAAGGGAAUUUUGGUUGAGAUUAAAUCUCACAUGGGUAAGGAUGAAUGUUAAUUAGUGGUGGCUUUUUAAAAAUACUGUGAUCACGAAUAGCCAUUGUGUGAAUAGGGACUGCUCCUCUGACCCAUGUGUAUUGUAAAUGCAGUCAUCUAUGAAUGGGGAUGCCAUUUGUUUCGAUGAAUAAAAAGGCCUAAUGGAAACUCA